GUGGAGCCAGCCGCUGACCUGCCGGCACUCGAGCAGCCGCAUCCUCUGCCCUGAACAGACCUUUAUUUUUUUUCUUUUUCUCUUUUUUCUUUUUUUCUUUUUUUCCCUUUUUUAAUCCUAUCUGCGCCAGAAAGCGGGGGGACAAAUUAAUAUAUUAUAAAUAUAUAUAUUUUAUAUAUAUAUAUAUGAAUGAAAGGCCGGCAGGAGCCCAGGUGCGCAUGGCUGCCCGCCUGACGUGAGCAGCCGGGCCGGCCGCCGCCGCCGCCGCCGCCGCCAUGGAGCACAUCCGGAUGCCCAAGGUGGAAAAUGUGCGAUUACUUGAUCGCUUAUCUUCAAGAAAAGCUGCAGUGGGAACCCUAUACUUAACAGCUACUCAUGUCAUAUUUGUGGAAAAUGGUUCUGAAACUCGUAAAGAAACCUGGGUUCUCCACAGCCAAAUUUCCUCUAUUGAGAAGCAGGCCACAACUGCCACAGGUUGCCCGUUGCUGAUCCGCUGCAAGAACUUCCAGGUUAUCCAGCUGGUCAUCCCUCAGGAGCGAGACUGCCACGAUGUCUAUAUCUCUCUAAUACGCCUGGCACGGCCAGUGAAAUAUGAAGAGUUGUAUUGCUUCUCAUUCAAUCCAAAAUUAGAUAAAGAAGAACGAGAGAAAGGCUGGAAGCUUGUGGACCUCAAUGAAGAAUAUAAUCGGAUGGGCAUUCCAAACAGCUACUGGCAGAUUAGUGAUGUAAACAGAGACUAUGGAGUCUGUGACUCCUAUCCUACAGAAGUGUAUGUACCAAAGUCUGCAACUGCACACAUCAUAGUGGGGAGCUCUAAAUUUCGGAGCCGAAGGCGUUUUCCAGCUCUUUCCUACUACUGCAAGGAUAAUAAUGCCUCGAUAUGUAGGAGCAGCCAGCCUUUAUCUGGCUUUAGUGCAAGAUGCCUUGAAGAUGAACAGAUGCUUCAGGCCAUCAGAAAAGCAAACCCAGGAAGUGAUUUUAUAUACGUUGUUGACACUCGGCCUAAACUCAAUGCAAUGGCAAACCGAGCAGCAGGGAAGGGAUAUGAAAAUGAAGACAACUACUCCAACAUCAAGUUUCAAUUCAUAGGCAUUGAGAACAUCCAUGUCAUGAGAAACAGCCUGCAGAAAAUGCUUGAAGUUUGUGAAAUGAAAUCGCCUUCAAUGAGUGACUUCCUGUGGGGCCUUGAAAAUUCUGGCUGGCUGAAGCAUAUAAAAGCCAUUAUGGAUGCUGGCAUUUUUAUUGCAAAGGCUGUGGCUGAGGAAGGUGUAAGUGUGCUUGUUCACUGCUCUGAUGGCUGGGAUAGAACAGCCCAGGUUUGCUCUGUAGCAAGCCUUUUCUUGGAUCCGCAUUACAGAACUAUGAAGGGAUUCAUGGUUUUAAUUGAAAAAGACUGGGUUUCCUUUGGUCACAAAUUUAAUCACAGGUAUGGCAAUUUAGAUGGAGAUCCAAAGGAGAUAUCCCCUGUUAUUGACCAGUUCAUUGAGUGUGUCUGGCAGCUAAUGGAACAGUUUCCUUGUGCCUUUGAGUUCAAUGAGAGAUUCCUGAUCCACAUACAACACCACAUCUAUUCCUGCCAGUUUGGUAAUUUCCUGUGUAACAGCCAGAAGGAGAGACGAGAGCUGAAAAUCCAAGAACGAACAUAUUCACUGUGGGCUCACUUGUGGAAAAAUCGUGCAGAUUACCUGAAUCCUUUGUACAGACCAGACCACAGUCAAACCUGGGGGACCCUGCACCCACAGAUGGCUCCCUGCAACUUCUUGUACAAAUUCUGGAGUGGUAUGUACAACCGCUUUGAAAAGGGGCUGCAUCCUCGACAGUCAGUCAUUGAUUAUCUGAUGGCAGUGAAGGAGGAGACUCAACAGCUGGAAGAAGAACUGGCAGUCUUGGGAGAGAGAUUGGCAAAUCUUCAAAAACUGCAAUUAAGUGGUAAUAAAGUCAAGAGUAAGCAGCAAGACCGAAGCAAGGAGUUAGUGCUUUCUGCUUCCAACAACAGCUUAGCUAACACUCCCCAAGAGUACAGCAAUGAUCUGAAAUCUUUCCCAUCCCGGAGCCCUUCACAAGGGGAUGAAGAAGAUUCAGCCUUGAUUUUGACACAGGACAACCUGAAAAGCUCUGAUCCUGACCUCUCAGCUAACAGUGACCAAGAGUCUGGUGUGGAGGACUUAAGCUGUAGGUCUCCAAGUGCAGGUGGCUGUUUGCCUAGCGAAGACAGUGGCAAGGAUUCAGAUGAAGCUGUAUGCCUGGCAGUCUGAAAUGCCUUCACAGCAGCAAGGAUCAAGAUGCAGCUGAGUCCUUCGUGGUCUGGAGCAACAACUUUUAAUCAGAUGAAGAAUGGGAAUUGUCUGUGGCCUGAAGAAGUAAUCCAAAGAAAGGGAACUGUGCAAUUAUGUAAGUAAAGAUUUAGCAGAACAAGCCAUUAUUAAAGACAUAAUGCUAAUCUCUGAUGUUAUGAAUAUUUAUUUAAGCCGAUGUGGUGUUUCCUUUCACUUUAUCAAUGCUGCACAUAAUUAUUCCUCACCCUGUACAUUUCCAUAAUUAUUUAUUGUACAAAUUAAUAGUUAUUCUCCAGAAACACAAAAUUCCGAAGUACUUUAUGUAUGGACAAAGCUGAAGGUUCAUUAGCACCAGGCUUACUGGUGUAUUAGUCAAAACUUUUUGUUGUAGAUUCUUUUUGCCGUUGGACAUACCUUAUAUUCCUUUCUUUUCCCAUGAGCAGUGUUGUUGUUUUUGUUUUGUUUUGUUUUUUUGAACUCCAGCAACUACUUUCCAUUUUCUCCUACUACGGUCCUUUAAGGCAGUGUAAAUCCAGCAAAUGAACAUGUUUGCUGAAGGGAACAAAUGCAGUAUUGAGCCCAAAGAUUCUUUACAAGCUGCAGCUGCUGAAUGUGACUGCAUCCCAAUUGUACUUGAUUCUCAACCAGUGCUGAAAGUUCAGAAGUUUCUGUGAGCGAAACUUCAAUCAAUAUAACAAUACUUAUAACAGUCUUUAUGGCAAAGAAUACCUUUAAAAUGAACGAUGUUAGGCCGUAAAAUUCUAAACAUAAUAAAAAUCCCGGCUAUUUUGACUCCUAAUCAGUGUUAUUUCAGUGGGAGUAAGACACACAUACUGCACAGGUGAUAAGGAGUCCAAACUCAUUCAUAAAAGUCAUUUAUGAAAGCACUGCUUAAAUUCAGAAUUAAAAGUUACUGCCAUACAAUAAUUCCUAUGAAGAAUAUUUCUUCCAAGUUUUGUUUAAAAAACAAAACCAAGGUGUUUUUAUCUGCACAAAAUUUUUCUCUUUUUAGCACUUGCCAACCUCAGAAGAGCAUAGUAAUGCUAAUUUAAGAAAAUGACUAAUUCAAAGAAUUUUUUUUUCCUUUUCUAAUAUUAAAGAUGGAGUGGAACAACAGAAUAGAAAAUAUAAUCUCAAGUUUGUUUUAAUAAUUUUCAACAGUAGGUACAAUAAGUUUUCAUAAUCACAGAUAUGGAAGUAAACCACUUAGGAUGUUUUGAAACACACUGAAAGGCCUCAACAUCAAGCUGUAGUGCUUCCAAGUCUUUUUUUUUUUUUUUUCUUUUUUUUUUCCCCUCCUUAAUAGGAAGGAAUUAACAAUAAAAUUAUUACAUCUGCUCUUACUGGCUUGGAGGCACUCAUGUGGUAUUGAGCUACAGUAAAGCAAAGCAUGGUAGUAAUGUAAGUUUACUUUGAUUGCACUUUGUACUUCUCCUUGAAGUACAGAUUUACAGGCUGAAUUAUAUAAAUAUACCUCAAUUUAGAAGCUUUAGAUUUUAUUAGUCCAGUUGCUUUUGUGAGAUGUCUUUUCAUUUUGUUCUAAGAACUUCUUAUUAAAAAUGAGUAGCUAAACUUCAGUAUUAUUAAUAUCCUAAGGAAGUUACUGUCUUUGAACAAAUAAUUCAAUUCUUAACAGCAAGAUUUAUCUUACUGCUGUGCUGGGAAGGCCAAGCCUCAGUUGAUAAAUCACUGUCACUCAAUUAAAAGUAGGGCUAUGAUAAAUUACAUGCUGCUGAAAAUCUACAGCCUUCUGGUUUUUAAUCUCCAUGGCUUUUUAUUAAACGAAUGUCCUGAUUUUAAUUGUACUUUUAAAAAUGUUUCAUAUUUUGAACGUAGCCUGUCAAAUUUAUGGCAUUAAAAGAAGUUUUGAAUGGGUUUUCUCAAAGUAAAGAAACAUGCUGUGAAGUCAGCAUUGAAAACAAAAUAUGUACAACUAUUCUUCCUAAAAAUGAGUUUGAGAGUGGGUAAUAUUAUUUCACAUCUUUAAAAUGUAGAAUUGUAUAUCAUGGUAUUGUACUGUAUUAGACAUGCUUAUAAACAAAUGCAGAACAGGAACAUAUGCAAACUCAAAGUACUAUCUUCAUGUUGCUUAUGCAAUUCCUUAUAACUAGCUUUACACCUGAAAUAUUGACAUACUAACAUUUUAAAUGAAGUUUCUGCUUAGCAGUCAGUCUGCUGUGAUGUGUCUUUGAAUCCUUGGAAUUUUGCACUACUACUAUUGUUUUCAUUGCAAUGCUAUGUAUUUGUGACAUUAGUGCUGAGAAACAAUUCCAAAUAAAUACGUAGGUCAUGGACAGAUGGUUACAUUACUUCAUAAUCCUGGAUGAAAUUAAGGUGGCUUUUUAUUUCACACUUGAAUCAAGUUGUUUAAGCUGCUAUUAAUUGACUUGAGUUUAUUACAUGGGAAUCUGUUACAUCCCUUUAAUUUUUCUAGGGAAUGCAGAAUACAAAGGAUGUGAAAACCACGCUAUGAACAAUUUUAUUUUUUUGGAGCCUUGCAGGGAUCCUCCCUCUGUUGCAAAUUCUUCUAAAUUUGGCAUAAACCCUCUGUAAUUUGCAAUAGGACACACAUGAGCAUAACAAACAGCUGAGAAGAAGGAAUUAGAAAAGCAUUAUAGGUUUUUGCAGAGUAAUUUUAACCUCAUUUCAUGGUGUUCUUUAGUAGGAAAAUAUGUAUCUAAAGGACACUGAAGUUAAUGGGAUCAAACAGUGAAUCAAAUAGCUGAUCUCUGGCUGAAGAAGGGAACGAAAAAGCACUGACCAGCUGCUUUACACACAACAUCAACAAAGGCAGUAAACUGGUAGUUGAUUCCGAGAAGUUGAGAAAUAAGAUGGAAAAAGUUGGAGGGGACAGCUGUAUGGGAACUGCUGAAUCAUGGCCUGAACCUCUGAUUGAUCACCUGAGGUGAGCAAUGAGCCACAGGAGCACAGGUGAAGGCAAUUUACCUGUGCUGCCGGAAGGGGUGGAGCCUGGCUGCACCUCUCCUAGACCCUUUCAAGAGUUGGCUACCAGUGGGGAAGGAUCUCUUCUGGAGAUCCACUCCACCAGAGUUUUCCACGCAAGCCCAGGAUACGGCUUUCUCUCUUAAGAGACCAUUCCUAGUCUUCAGUGGUAGUAAUUAAAACUCGGUCAGAAACACGACUAAAAGAUUUCUCACUUCUGCAUUUGAUCAAGGUCCAAAGUGGCAAAGCUGAAGCAGUAUGUACAAAGCAAAAAAGACAGUUAAAGAUUAGAUAUUACUCAGAACUAAUUUUUAUAGUCUUUUGCUUGUAGCGUUGGUUAGCAUAGCUGUACAUAUCUGACAGUCCUUGUCUUUCAGAAGGGUUUAGCAUGUAAAAUGAGCUGUGACAUCUAGGAAAGCUUUCUUCUAUAAUCCCCAACAGAAUGUACCAUUAACAGCAGUUGUAUGCUAUUUCCCCCUAAAAGGAAACCUAAUUGAUUUCAGACAUACUGCAGACCAGAGAAAUUUUAAAAUACCAUUGAGUUACAAUUGCUAUAUGGAGCAAUCAGUUCUGGAUUUAAGUAGCCUCUUGCCAAGAGGACUAAAAUCAAUUACAGAAAAAUAAAGAACAGGAGAACAUUUUGCGCUGAGAUCAGAUACUCUAACAGACACAACCAGGCUCAAUUAGCAGUUACAAAACAGAAUGGGCCGUCGCUCCCACCCCAAACUACUGCAACACCAAAAACACCAAAGUCACCUCCUUACUUUCACGUUUCUUUCAUUUAUUUCACUCUUCCAUUCGAUAAAACACCUCAAUAUGGAUGUGACACGGGAAGGUCUUCAGAAACCAGUCACUGUGUGCAACCUAUUACUCCAGACUGCUGAACACAUUUCAAAAGAUUGAAGGAUGUGCAUCUAACAGCAGUUUCAAUCCUCUUACACUUUAUAGGGAAUUGCUUGAAGCUCAAUUUACAAAUACACCUCACAUUUCUGCAAAAUAAGGUAAGGAACGUGCUUCACUAUGAACUAUCAGCAUGCUAGAUUCCAGUUACCUCUCACAGAGUAAUAAUUGGUGUUUUAUUAUGUGUUCUGGUGACAUUAAGAAAGCUAGCUUUAAGGGAAGUGUUUGCAUUGGCAUAACUAGUAUUAAACUAAAAGGACAACAAAAGAAAAUAAAAAGCAACAACACUGACAAAGACAGCAGCAGACUGGCAUAUCCUGCAAGAGCCAGAAGCAGGCUGGCCAUUCCUAUUUAUUUUACAGGAUAUCUGUAAUUGACUAAGUACACCACUGAUGGAUUCAGGGUGUUCUGAGCUUCUGUUCUACAGGAUGAGUUUUUAAAUGCUUUAAAAAAAAUAAA